GAAACAGGGAAAGAGAAGUGAUGGGAACAUACCGAUGACGCGUAUUCACCUGAAGGAUGAGGAUGAAACAGGAGCCAGGAUGAGUUUCAAAGGAAGUAGUGAUUAUAGUUGUGCUUCUUCGGUUACGGAUGAUGAUAUGUAUGGAGCGAAGGCCCCGAACGUAGUGGCUCGACUUAUGGGAUUAGAUUCGUUACCUACAUCUUCGGAGCCGUACUCCACCCCGUUUUUCGAAACUCAAUCUCUUCGAGAUGCUCAUUUCCAUAACAGAAACCUUAAUUAUCAUCAUGAUGAGCAAAUGGUUUAUCCAGAUGAUCCAUUCAACAAGAUCAAGGGUGGCCCUGUGAGAAACUUUGCAGAUUCGAAGCCUCGGAAAAUGGUCAGCAAUCCUAUAGAGAAAUUCCGAACCGAAAGUUUGCCUCCAAAGGCAGUUAAAACAAUUCCAAUUACACAUCAUAAACUUUUGUCCCCGAUAAAGAGCCCGGGUUUUUUUCCUACAAAGGAUGCUGCUCAUAUAAUGGAAGCAGCUGCUAGAAUUCUCGAGCCUGGUCCUCAAGUCAUUGCAAGAGCCAAAAUGCCACUGGUUGGAUCGUCCUCAGUCCCUGUGAAAGUUCGUGAUUUCAAAGAAAAACUGGAGGCUGCGCAAAGAAAGCCUCUGGUUCAAUCUUCUUCUUCUGUGCCCUUGAGAGUUAGAGACUUAAAAGAGAAAUCUGAAGCUGCACAUAAAACAUCUCGGCUCACUGGAAUGACUCAGAAACCGGUUGAAUCGAAUGCUGUCAAGUAUCUUAAGGGACAACCGUUGAACAAGAGCUGGAACGGAUUAACAGAUGCAUCAUCAUUUCGUACUUCCAAUAUGGAAGAAAAUUCUCCGGUUCUAAUGAGUGAGGGGAAAUCUAUUUCACUUGCAAUGCAAGCAAAAUUCAAUGUCCAGAAAAGGGAAGGAUUGAUUUCAAGAAGCCGCCGAAGUAUGUUAGGAUCAAACGACGAGAGUGAGGUUAAGUCGAAUGAAUCCUUAAAGAGCCAACCGAGUUCUCGAAAGAGCCUGCAUAAGAAAUCCUUGAUGCGCAAUGCUUCCGGUGCACUCAAGCUGAACAACCAGAAGCAAAAUUGUAUAAUUGAUAAAGAAAAAUUACCUUCAAAGCCUAUAGGUUCCAACUUGCAUGGUAGAAGAGUGCUCCCUGCGGAUUCUGCUUCGGGGCGACACAAGAUAUCGGCUAAAACCGUUGGAAAUUCCAAAACCAGGCCAAGGAAGUUCGGUGUAGGUGCAAUGGAUAGUGAACGAAGUCCAUAUUCUAGUUCAAAUAACCCAAGGAAGAAAAGAUCCAUUGAUAGAGAUUUCAAGUUUGGAAAAAAUCAGGGUGUCGAUAGCAUGUUGAUAGAAGAAAAUCGGAAGGAAGACCAUGCUGUUACCGAAAGAAGCGUAAGCUGGGUUGAAGAUAGCAAGAAAGGCAUGGAUGUCGUUUCCUUCACAUUCACUGCGCCACUUACUCUAUCAUCCGAAACAUCUACACAGAUUGCAGAGAAAAACAAUGGGAUCGGCAUGGAUAACCGGGGUAAGCGAUUGUUACCCGAAGCCGAGAGCAUGAACUUUUCUUCAUUGGGAUAUAAUAUGAUAGGAGGAGAUGCUUUAAGUAUUCUUUUGGAACGAAAGCUUCUGGAAUUAAACAAUGCAAUUGAAUCUUCCUCCAAGAAAUCUCUCAGAUCUGGAUCAGAUUCAACUUCUAUAACAUUUUCGCAAGAUCCGAACCUUUCCUCCUGCGAGCUUCAACCGCUGAGAUCGAAGCACAAGUUUCAGGGAGUUGAUGAGAUGGAUGAAUGCAGUAGUAGCCCUCUCGAUGCACGGCAGCCUAGUCCGGUUUCUAUCCUUGAACCUUCAUUUUCAACUGAAAGCUGCAACUCUUUGGAUAGCACGGAUAGUUUCAGUAUAGACGGAAGCAAGCGAUGUUCAACAGUUCAAACGGCGGAAGUUCUUCGAUUGAGUCCUUUAAAGAAGUUACGCACACUCGAAGCUGAUACAGAGUUAUCGGACUCGGCUUCUUCGAUAUCAUCCGGAGCAGUGGCCAAAAGUAAUCAUAAUAUUGUUGCUAUGUCAGAUCCUAUGGUACAAGUCAACUGGGAACUAGAAUAUGUGAAGUUGAUAGUAUGUAAUGUAGAAUUGAUGUUCAAGGACUUUGCCAUAGGCCGAGCUCAUCAAAUUAUAGGCCCUUGUCUUUUCGAUCAGUUGGAAAGACGAAGAAGUGACGCCGAGGAGGGUAAGCUAGAACGUAAGGUGCUAUUCGAUUCGGUCAGUGAAUGUCUCAACUCGAAAUGCAGGCAGUACGCGAGUGGGGGACACCAAACAUGGGCCAAAGGGAUGGCGAUUAUGAGAAGAAACAAGCGGUUAGCAGAAGAAGUACACAAGGAGAUCUCAAGAUGGAGAGCCAUGGGAGAUUGUAUGGUUGAUGAGCUCGUCGAUGACGACAUGAGCAGUGGAUACGGAAAAUGGCUGGACUUCGAAGUCGAUGCCUUUGACCUUGAAGUAGACAUUGAAGAACAAAUCAUGAAUGAUUUGGUUGGUGAAAUCCUUCCAUUUUAAUUGCCCCUUCACAGCUGUCAUUUGAGAUGUCACUA